UCAGGCAUCAUUCAGAAGCCUGUGUUUAUACGGCACCUAGACUGUACCAUUGACCAUGUUUUCAAAACCACAUAUCUUAAAUACAUCUUGACUUUUGUAUGACUUCAAUUGAUUUUACUCUUCAAUUCCCAUGACUUUAGGUCAUGUGGAGGAAAAAUUCAGACAUUACCCAAAGCCACUGUAAACGAAAUUUCCUUUUGACUGAUGUGAGAUUCCAUUUUAAUUCCACUCUUUCAAAAUGCCAAAAUUCAACAGAUAGGAAUCAUUAACUUCAACAUUGCAUUCUCUGUGCUUGAUCAAUCUUAUUAUAAUAAACAGCUGUUUGUAAGAGAUCUGUGUGUGAGCAGAUGGAGGAGUUUAGAUGGAUGAUACUAGCGCUGCUGUUUUUCUUUGCUGCAGCCCAAGCCCAAACAGGCUUUCUGAAUCUCGAUUGCGGCGCCACAGUAAACAGCACAGAUCCUAAGACAAACCUAACAUGGGGUAUUGACUCCAAGGAAUACAUAAAUGUUGGUGAACAAGCAAAUGUUAGCAACUCAAGUCUAGAUUUUUACUUGCAGUCUCUGCGUUAUUUUCCAAAGCCUUAUAAUAAAUCUUGCUAUAGCUUGCCUGUGGUUCCCAAUACGCCCUAUAUGUUAAGGCUGUGGUUUCAUUUUGGUAACUACAAUGGAAAUACAAAUCCUCCAAGCUUUAAUGUCUCUGUGGAGACGCAGGGUAUGCUCUAUAGACAGAUGGAGAAUAUCGCAGUUGCAGGAACCCCAAAUUGGGAUACUGAAAAGAUUUUGACUACUGGUUCCGCUGAAAGACUAUAUGUUUGCUUUAUUCGUACAUUGGAUGGUAGUGAUAAUGAUCCUUUUGUUUCUGCAAUUCAGUUAAGGAAGCUUUUAAAUGGCAUGUAUGACCUGCAAGACAAGGGACUAAUGCUGAAUUCGGUAUUAAGAUAUGAUUUGGGUGGGGAAUCCCUAAUCAGGUACAAAGGAGAUGACUUUGAUCGCUUCUGGCAAGUCAACAGCACAGAGGAUUUAUAUAACAGGGGUCUUGUUGCAACUAGCAGUACUGAAGCAGAGAUUUCUAGUGACAAUAGUAGUAGUAACUACCCUCCUUCUAAGGUCAUGCAAACAGCAAUAGUUGCAAAAGCAAAUGUCAGCCGGUUGUUUCUAAAUCUGACAGCAGUAAAGAAAAAAACAUUAAUUGCCCUGUAUUUCGGAGAGAUAGAGUCAGUGAACACCUCUCAAUCGAGGAUUUUUAAUGUUACAAUAAAUGGCCAACCACAUGGCACUGUAAAUUUUUCUAUGGAUAGUUAUGUCAUUGGGAAAAAGAUUAAGUUGCCAAGUACACAGGCAAGAGAGCUAGUAAUAUCUCUCAAUUCAAUAAAAGGGCAGGGGAAUUCCAGUCGCGGGCCUCUUAUAAAUGCUCUGGAGCAAUAUAACAUAAUGGAUACAGAACCUGAAACUUCUGCAGAUGAUGUCAGUGCACUUCUGAAUAUGAAUAAGGAAUUUGGUAUCAGUGACUGGAUAUCUGAUCCUUGCUUUAGUAUUGAGUGGAGUGGAAUCAAAUGUGACAAAGGCAAUCCAGUUCGAGUCUUGGAAAUCGAUUUGAAUGGAAGGAAUCUACCAGGGUCUUUAAAAGAUGUGUGCAAUUUAACCAGAUUGGAGAAACUAAAUCUUCAAAACAACAGGUUGAGUGGCUCCAUACCACCUUGUCUCUCCAAUUUCAGUAACUUAAGGGAGCUGGACAUACGGGACAAUAAUUUUAGUGGAAAAAUUCCUGCCGAACUUUUCCAUCGUAAUUUGAUUUUCAGGUACUCUGGGAAUCAAUUUCUUGUCCUACCCAAAGGUAAAAACAAAGGGCCGAUGAUUGCAGCAAUCAUUGGUGGCAUCCUUGCUGUUCUAUUAGUCCUGAUUUCAAUGCUCGUUUAUCGUAAAAGACAGUCUGCAAAACCAGAUAAUAGAUCGAUCAAGGUACCGAAUCCUGUAAGAUCUCGUUCAUUUAGCGUAGCAGAGCUGAGGACAGCGACUCAGGAUUUCAGUGAAGAGAUCGGACAAGGGGGUUUUGGAACCGUCUUCUAUGGUAAAUUAGUGGAUGGAAAUGAAAUCGCUGUCAAAGUACUGUCCUCUUCAUCGAAGCAAGGAGUGGAUGAGUUUCUAAAUGAGAUUGAUCUUCUAUCGAGAGUGAAUCACACGAACUUGGUAUGUUUGCUUGGCUACUGCGACUCCUCGAAGGAGCUUAUGCUUGUUUACGAGUACAUGGGAGGAAGAUCACUGAGGGAUCACCUGUAUGGUUCUUUGGCAUAUCCCUCUACCCUAGAUUGGAAAGCUAGGAUUCGAGUAGCCUUAGAUGCAGCAGAAGGACUGGAAUACUUGCAUUGGAGGGCCACACCAAAAAUCAUUCACAGAGAUGUGAAGAGUUCAAACAUCCUGCUAGACUUGAAUAUGAGGGCAAAAGUUGCAGAUUUUGGGCUUUCAAGAAUUCUUCGAGAUGAUGCAAUCUCUCAUGUGACUACCACCGUUAAAGGAACAAUGGGAUACAUGGAUCCAGAGUAUUUUGGCACCAACAAAUUGACAGAGAAAAGUGAUGUAUUUAGCUUUGGAGUGGUCUUGUUAGAGAUAAUAUGUGGAAGAAGACCAAUCGAAGAUGUAGAAUGUGAUGACGAAGUCAAUCUUGUGAGAUGGGUUAUGCUCCAUACAGAGGCAGACCAAGACCCUCCUCGUCACCUGAUAGACAUCAUAGAUAAGAGGUUGGUUUUGGGUGAAAAUGAGAUGGAAUGUUUCAAUUGUGUUGUUAAUCUGGCACUUAAAUGUGUGGAGAGAGAAGGAUACAAGAGACCCUCCAUGAAUGAGGUUGUGGCAGGGAUAAAAGAGGCUAUGCUUUACAUCGAGCCUAAAGACAUAAGUUCCGGAACAUCUGUGGAUGCCCCGUCCUCUGAGGCAUAUAGUGUAGCUGAUUAUAGUAGCAGCCUGCUUCAUCUUGGCAGAUGAUACACAUUUUCAUCUAAAUCAUUCAUGAGCUCGCUCAACGACUCAAUGAAUAUAUAGAAUAGCAUUGGGGAAAUUUAAUAGUUCUAGUUUGUGUUAUAUUAAUUGUCUUUAACUUAGGCCAUACAAUCCUACAACGAAAUAAUGUUUCUAUUACCCCAAUCUCAUGUAGAGAGUAUCAGUAAAAUUCUAUGAUUGCCAUCUUUUAUCCAAUUGUCGAAGUUUUAACCGUGCUUGGUCAAUGGCCACAUACAAGUUAGCAUUGCAUAGUCUAUGGUGUAAUGGAUAGACUCUGUAGAAGUUCAUAUCAAUGGAUGAAGCCCAUUUAUUAGCUGCA